AACUAUGCUCUAGUUAAACUACUGGCCUUUUAUUGUGCAUAAAUAUAGCUAGUAAACUUCAACACGUUCCGUGAAGACACGUAAGAAAUAUACCUAGCUACGAAUCUGUUGAUUGUGUUAUUGAGCAUUUUGCCCAGGAUAUUUUCUAACACAAAAAUGUCACAGUUAGAAAACGGUAUCGUUAGUAGCUAGCUAGAUAGGUGAUGUUGUAAAUUGCUUGGCUAAUUUCGCUCGAAUUCAGUGUUCACAGACCAUCAGGAUGUCGGUUCCUUUGUCUGGGGUAGAGCUGCUCAGAGUGUGUACAGUGCUCCAGGACUGUGAGGCACAGCUGUCAGUGCUGGGUCACAUCAUGCCCGACACCUACAGGGGUCGUCCAGAAGCUGAUAAGGUAUUAUCUGAUUAUCCUCAGCUAACAUUAUACGCGGAGCUAAUGUCAAUUGCCCGUAUUCAUAUGUUUUUGUGGAAGUUUGUGUCAGCCGACAUUGGACAGGUCCUUGAACAGCAGAAAGGGGCAGAGCAGAACCUGAAAGCAGCCCGUCAGUUUGAGAGAGAGUCUGGGAGACUGUCAGAUGCCACCCGUGAGCUGCACAGAUCCCAGAAGGAACUGAACCGCACGCUAGAGGAGGACCCACUGUCCCCUGACAACCUGGCCAAGGUGCAGAGAGACAGUCAGUUUGUGGGUCACGUGAUUGCUGAUGUGUUGGCAGAGCUGCAAGAGAAAGGGACCUUUCACAGCUUGCUUUUCGCUGUGGAAGAAGAGAAAAGAAGGAAGGCCAACCUCCUGGACAUAAUAAUCAGGGAGGAGGGCAGCCGGCGGAGGACCAAAGCUCUUCAGAGACAGCUGCUUGACAUCCGCAAGGAAAAAACUCUGGAGCUGCAGCGACGUGAGGAGAUGACUGCCCACCUGAAGGACCAGCUACACGGGAGGAAGGCUAAGACUGGGCUGGAGAGGAAGUAUGUGAAGAGCAGCGCGGAGCUGCUGGUGUACCAGGGACAGAAGAUCAACACACACUCUGAGAAGCAGCUGGAGGAAGAGAUCAGGCUACUGCAGGAGAGGUUGGAGGAGGAGAGGAGAGUUCAUAUGGAGAUGGAGACUUUCCUCAAGAAACAUCAGACAAGUCUGGAUGAGAAGCUGGAGGUGUGGAUGGAGCGCUAUGAGAGAGACAUGGAGGACAAGCAGCAGGAGCUCAACAGCCUGAGGAACAAAAAAGCUAACAAUCUCUCCCAGCUCCAGGAGCUGGCCAAGAAAUACAGAGACAUUGAGCAGGUGGUCAUCGAGGACAGGAUUGAGAAAGAGGCCCUACGCAGGAAGCUGGAGAAGGAACAUAUGGAGCGAGACGCAGCCACCAAGAUCCAGUCGUGGUGGAGGGGAACAUUAGUGCGACGCGGCCUGGGCCCCUAUAAGAAAGGCAAGAAGCCCAAGUCCAAGGAGGGAAAGAAGAAAAAGUGAGGUGUCCCUUCUUCAAGAGCUCCAGUGAAAGGAAACCCAAAAAAAUUCUCAAUACAGACAUGUUACUUUUCAUCAAUGUUCAAUUCCUGAUUACAGACAAUCUAAGUCGACACUGGCCUGUAGGCAAAUAUAUCUUCAAUGAGAAAAGCUUUUUUUUUCUUUAACAGAGUAAAGUUGGCAUGGUCAUUUUGAAUACUACUACCACCAUUGCCAGGUUCUUACUUAUAUGCAGUCUAACACAAGGGCAAGAAUGGUAAUAAACAAGCGUACUCAUGAGACUGAAAUGGGUAACUUUUAUUAAUGCACUUUAAAGAAUUCCAAAUAUUAAUUCCAGAAAAUAAUAAUUCAAUUUUGUACAUGUUUUCAGGGACAAUUUCUCAGCAAACGGUGUAAAAAGUUAAAAAGACCAUGUUGCGGUCAUGAAAGAAGGUCCUCUCUUUAUCUGGUACCUACUUGUAAACAUAUGGAAUGUAUCUAUUUUACUGUACAAAUGUCACAGGGUCCAGACCCAGCAGUAGGGGCACAUGAUUUCUGCUGGAGAAAGCCCAAGUCAGUCGACAUAAGUUAGGAGGGGGGAAAAUAUCUAAACAAAACAUUUAUAAUAUAUUUAAAAUCACCUUUAACUUCCCUUUUCAGAACUCUGAGUCUUAUCAAAACAAAGUUAAAAUGGCAAAAACAUACCUCUGAUAUAUUU